AUGCCUCUGGCGGCGUACCCGACGCCGUCCUCGCAAGACGAGCUGCAAGCCGUCCAGUCCUUCCGGGAGCGCACACUGGCCCAGGCGUCCAAGUUCUUCGUCGACGAGCUGUGGACGACCAAGAUUCUGCGCAUCGCGCACGCGGAGCCCGGGAUAUGGCACGCCCUAAUCUCCCUGUCGUCCUACCACGAUCUCUUCAUGCAGCCCGUCGACGCGGCCGGCGCCCAGUCGGCCAUGCAGAGGCACAACCUGGGCAUAUACGCCCUGCACCAUCACAACAUGGCCAUCAAGGCCGCUCUGGACAUUCAGCGGACGCCAAAACACCCCCUCUCCCACAUCAUUUCGUGCGUCGUCUUUGUCACCAUCGAGAUUAUCCGAGGCGAAAUCAUUGCGGCUAUACGGCUUCUUAAACACGGCCAGCGCGUCCUCCACGAGUUUGAGACGCAGCAGCGGCACCACGCCCAGGCGUCCCUUGGCUCCGAGGACAGCGUCAUCGUGAACCUCGUCGAGGCCUUCUUCACCUGUCUGACCCACCAGGCCGUCUGUGUAGGGCACUUGACGGGCGUGGCAAUCUACUGA